CUCCAACCCCACACAACCUGUCCUCUGCCCAGGUCACCUGUCCCUGCUUCUACCAGUCGUGCAUUUCCUUCUCACUUCUCAGUUUCAGGAGCAAAUCUUUGCUUAGCCAUGCUGGUUUCCAGGCUGUCUUGCUUGAUUUCCUAUGCUAAGAAAACUAUGCCUUAAGCAGAUGCCAGGUCUGGUCAGUUCCUCUGUUCCCAGUUUCCCUGGGGGAUCUCAUCCACUGAUUCUUCUAACAGCUGGAAUUCAUCCUUUCAAAGUCCAAGGUCCUGACUUUGCUCUUUGCCAGGCCUCUGUUCCUUGAGAUCAUGAACUCUGUCAGGGUCCAGUCACCACAACCCAGGCUGCUCCAACAUUAACCCUUCUAAUGAGCUCAUUAAAAUGAACACCAGAUCCAGUAACACUUCUGGUUGGUUUGCCCAGCGCCUGGACCAAGGAGUUGUCCCAGAUGCAGUCUAGGGAGCUCCUGGAUUGCCUGCCAGCUGGCUAUGUUGCUUUCCCAGGAGACAUCCAUGUCAUUCCAUCAGAAUGGGAGCUCGCAAGCACAAUAAUCCUGGAGCUGAAGCAAGAGGUCUCUUCAGCAGCUUCCCCUGAUUAGACAUCCUGCAGCAGACCCCAGCCACACGGUGUCUUUUGUUGGUCCUGUCCUUGAUUUUUACCCACAGGCUCUCAACCUUCUCGUGGCUGUUUCUCAGAGGCAGCUCUUCACAAUCCAUCUGUUCCUUUACACAGAGCAUUCCCCCACCCCUUCUUCCCAGCCUCUCUCUUCUGGAAAGCUUACAGCCCUGGAUUGCAGUGCUCCAGUUGUGUGUCCCACCAUGUUUCCAUGAUAGCAGUUAGGUCAUAGGUUCCUAAUUGUACCAUGGUUUCCAUCUUCUCUUACUAGUUGCCCGUGUUGCAUGCAGUGGUGUAAGAGAAUAUGUCCUCAGAACACCCUCCAUCUGCUUCAGUGCCAAGAGUGUGACUUUAAUCAGCACAGCUCUCUUUGUAAAUUAACCCAGCCUUUGUACCAAAUUGGAUGAGAAACGAUCACAGUUCAGAUGGAGCAAAUCUGACAAAUGACAGCCAUGGGGAGUCACAAACCAGGAGAAGGUAAUGUCUUUAGUCAGUGCAGCCAUUUCUUCCGUGGAGGUCUGAUCCCUGUGUCUGAUGUGAUCAUGUAUCUAGCCAAGAUGUAACUUGUACUAGCUUUGUUUGCACUGGCACAGUGAAAGCAUCCCUUCUUCACGUCCUUCCCUCCCACCAAAAAAAAGACAAAACAAGCUGUAUUGCUGUAGUUCCCUGUCACAACUUAAGUACAGGCCACAUGCACUUUGGGGUACAGGCCAUCUGAGAAAAGGCUGCCCAGAGCUGCUCUUUUAGCACUGCCCAGAGGCAGGUCCUUUUGCUGAUGCCACUGAGUCAUAGUAAAGUCGUGUGAGUGGUCUUAGCCCAUUGCACUGCACAUGAUAAAUCACAUGUAGGUAUCUGCUGAUACUGCAUGAACUCAGACUAGGAAUACUCAGGCUAGGAAUACUCACUCAUGGAUCUAAUUUUACUAACAGUAAAAAAAGUUUCAAAAAACGUCUCAGAAGGUUAUUAACAGCUCAUGUGAGACAGCAACCUUCUGUCAAGAACCUCAUAUUGCUUUUUGUAGUACCAGGCUCUAAGGAUCUGUGCUGCAAAGUGGUACAAUCUCAUAAAGCAGGCCCCCGGUGGAAAACCCUGGCAAAGACAAGGCUCGUAGGUAGAGCAGGCCUUUUAACCUUCAUUAUAUAUACCUGCUGCAGUUUCUUAUACUAUACACAUUAUAUAUACCUACUGCAGUUCUGCAGAACAGUGGUUUUUCUGUUUUGGUUGGGGGUUUUGUUUUUGUUUUUUUUUCCCACGCAGUAUGAGGCGGCUCAAAGUCCUUUAUGUCAAGAAAUAAGCUGGAGCUGAGUCCCUCCUGCCUUGGGCUGCUCGUUGUGCUCACGGGCACUUAACUCUGCUCCCACCCAGCAGUGGAUGCCCCCACUUUGCUCCACCCUCCAGGGGCUGGCUAGGGAGUCCCAGCUCGCCGGGAUGGUCCGUCCCUGCCCGCCAGGACCGCGGUGAGGGCUCAGCUGCGGACUGUGCCCUUGGGACUCCUGGUGUGAGCUGGAUAGCAAGAGAAAAGUUUCCUCCAUCCCGCUUUCUCCUUCUGUUGCCGUGUAUGGUGUGAGGACAGCCUGCAGGAGGGGGCUCAGGACACCUUCCUCCUGCCGAAGCUUUCCCGGAGGACCUCGAGGGAAUUUCAAGCUGCAGGAAAAUGUACUGUGAAAGUCACGUUAGAGUUCUGUUCACUGUGACGCUGGUCUGGCAGGCCAUUCAUUUAGGAAAAGGCCGUGGUAAAGAAGAAAGUGAAGAAGAUGUGAAAAGUCUCAAUGCUACAGCUCAAAAGCAGCAGCCCAAGAACGAAGGGAUUUUUAUAAAUGCACUCAAUGACAUGAAUCAGAGCUAUGAAAGCAGAAAGCAACAGAGUUCCAGGUCAUUGGUACCUUUCACUGGAAUUACAGAGAGUAAAAAACUGAGCAGACACUGCUGCCAAAACGGAGGGACCUGUAUUUUAGGGACUUUCUGUGCCUGCCUAAAGCAUUUCACUGGCAGAUACUGCGAACACGACGAGCGGCAAAGCAACUGCGGCAGCAUCGCCCACGGCGCCUGGGUGCUGAAGGGCUGCUGGUUGUGCCGCUGCGGCUACGGGACCCUGAACUGCCUGUCGGAAAUAAUGCGGGAUAACUGCGAACUGAAAUCAGAAAAGGAGGAAAUUACCAGACUGUAUUCUAAUGGGUUAAGAUUACAGCAAACAGUGUUUGCAGUUGCUUGCCUGCUCACCAUCUUUCUGGAGUUCUGCUGCUGGCAGUUGUGAAACUGGACAAGGGGAUAUAUAUGAGGGUUGAUGUAACCCUCACCAUGUCAUACAAUUUUCUUUUUCUAUGAGCUACAGAAGACUCUUCUACCUACAUGUUGGAGACAUAUUAAGAUAUAUUCACGCUGAAAUGCUUGGAUUAUUAGAAAUUCAGAUUAUAUAAAUAUGAAAUAUUUAUUAUUAUAUUAUUAUAUUAUUACGGCUAUCGAUGUCUGAUUCUAAUGAUUCUUUAUUUCUAAAAUACUCUUCUUCCAGUGGAAGCAAACACCCCUUCAAUGUUCUAUGCCUUAAGUAUUGUAACUUAUAGUAAUUUCUUUU